GCUGGAACGACGACGACGAAUCCACAAAGCCCACAUUGCGAAACGUAUGCAGGUUUGCAUCCACGGCAUCUGUGUUGUUCCUCUGCAGUGCUUUCAGCUUCAUGGCGAAUAACUCUGCUAAUUGGUUCGAGUCUCCAGCGGCCUCUCACAAACAUGCAUGCGGUCUUGAAGUUCCACCUGGUCAUACCAACAACAACUCCGCGCAAUACCAUGGAGACGGCUGGAUCUGGGUGGAUCUUGAGCCGUAUGUGGUGGAAGACCGGCCGCAAGAAGUUCAGACGAACAAGUGGGAGUAUAACGAGGCAUGCCUUAACAUUUAUACCUACGACAUCGUGCGGGCCGCUUGGGCAGCUAAUUGCUCGAACUGGUGCGAGGAGCGCUUUGGCAACUUCGUGUGGAAUCAGCUUUGCGCCUUUGGCAUGUUGCCAGAGGAGAUCAGCAAACCGAUGAAUGUGCUUCGAGCUUGUCAGAAAGCCAUUGUUUUCCGACACAAUGUACAGCUGACAGCCGGACAGUGCUGGUUGAUUGGCAUGGGCAUCACUCUGAUCAGCAUGGCUGCUGCUGCAUUCUUGUUCUUCGCCGAAGAGCUUCCUCCCAGCAAGUUCGAGACUGCAGAAAUGUCGGAUGGCAAGCUGAAGUUGGCUCCCUUUAUCAGCAUACCUGGCUUUACGAGGCUCACGGAGAUUCGAUUCGGCAUUGUGAAAAUGGUGCUCUCUUUGACAAUCGAUGUCGUCUCAGACUUCGUGUCGGGCUUGGUGUACUUGUUCAAGGGGCAAGUCUUCUUUGGAGCAUUCAUCAUGCUUGUUGUUGCGCUUGGGAACACAGGCGACCUGUUCGGGGUGACAGCAUUUGCCGAUGCAUUCCGCUCCAUGAGACUUGCGAACCCUGCACAUGAUUUGAUUAAGAGGAAAGCUAGUGAACUGACCGAGGCAAGUGCAAUUGUCACAUGUGCUGUCUUUUUCCUGUUGAAAGUGCCAGCUCAUGAUAUAGAUGACCGACCAAUGCUGUGCCCGUUUGACCUCUUCACCUUCCUUUUCUCCCUGGUCACGAAUGUGAUGGGCAUUUAUGAAGGCGCAGAAGCUUCCAUCCAGGCCCAUGUGUUGAGGCUGCAAAGAGACGCUGUGGAAGACAUGGACCUGCGCUACAAGCUCUUCCAGUCAAGAUCGGCCGAGAUGACGAUCUUCGCUGUUGCGGCUACGAUUGCACGGCUCUCGGGAGGACUCGCGAUGGCCAUGGUACUGCAGGCUUCUGAAACGCCUUUCGUGACCGUGCGUGCUAUGCUUUCGGAAGGCGCACGGCCUGCGUUCCUCGCAGGGGUGGUGUUGUGCUGCGUGAGCAUGAUUCCGAAGUGGCGGCGUAGGGGCUUCAAAGGGAGUAAGGACGUGGUAAUUGCCGUGGUAAAUGUCCUACGCCUACUCAUGGAUGUCAUGGGCUUUCUCAGCUUCGCAGGAUUGAACUGCGCCGCUGGUGCAUACUUGGAUGAUCUGAAAAAGUCGGGAGGUUGGGAUAAUUCCCUGCCCUGGAGUGACUUGUGGUUUCAUUUAUCCGAGUCUGGCAUCCAAGUGGACAGGACCAGCGAAAAGUCGCGGGAAGUGCUCUCGAUGCAGGGCACCCAGUGGCUUCUGCUGUGGACUGCUGAGAUUACGACAGGCUUCUACAUAUCUCGCGUGGCGGCUGCCAUCGUCUUCAUGGUACUCUUGAAGACCCAUGUGGAGGAGGCAAAGAGUGAACUCCUCGACGGCGAGGAGUAUUCGAAGCUCCAGCGAUUAAACCCAUAA